AUGAGCGGGAUAAAGCAUGAUCCAUCAAUCGAGUGUGGUGACAACUCCAACAAUGCUGACAUCAAUCUACCCUCAGCCACAAACUCAUCCUUCGAUGAGCCAACUGCAGCGACAAAAUCAACCCCUACAGGACGCCCAAAGCGAACGUCAUUGGCAUGUAUACGUUGCCGAACCCGUCACAUAAGAUGCCCCGGAGGCGAUCCAUGCAAGAAAUGCCAACUUGCAAAGACCAAAUGUGAAUACGUGGAAGCUGAUAAGAAAAUUGUGGUUUCCAUGAAAUACCUUUCCCGGUUGCACGAUGACAUUGCCAGGUUGAAAAAGGACAAUGCGCUGCUUCGAAACAGUCUAAAGGAGCUGGAACUAAAGCAUACAGAGCAGCACCAGCCUUCAAGACAACACGUGACACCCGUGCAGAAUCAAAUAAAUGCCACUUCAGGAGUAAACCAUCAAUCAAACCAAGGAUUCGAAGUCAUAGGGCCCUCACUAGACAAACACGGAAGACUAAUCCAAUCACGAACUGGGGAAAAAGUGUACGUAGGAUCGUCAUCUAUGACAUUAUUUGGUUUGGAGAUUCAAAACAUGGUUCCCUCAUUCGACUCAUUACUUCCUAGCUCAAGCAAAACAACUCCGAUGAAUUCUCCCGAUACACGCGCUUCAAUCUCGUCGGCAAAGAGUGACACACGUCCUAUUAAACGUGAGAGCAAAGUGAUGGAAAAGGAAGGUGGUGCUUACAAGAUUACCCUUUCCAAGACAAACACCAGGCCAGGGCUUUCAAUGAAUUUCUCCUUACCUUCUUACUCCUAUGCCAUGUUAUUGGUGGACACAUUCAUCAAUUACAAUGACGGAUGCUUCUACUUUUUCAACGAAGGGUUAAUUAAACAAUUUUUGAUGAAUUUGUAUGCGGGCAAGACUGAGGAGAACAAGAAAAUCCUAAGACGAAAUUACCCUCAAGAUGCAACGAUAAAUUCAGAUGAAAACACCAUAAAGAAGGAUGCCGAUGACGAGACCAUUUUGGAGACUAUCUGGUUUUGCAAAAUAUUGCUCAUAUUCUCCAUAGGAGAAAUGUACUUGGGUACUGAAUCGGGCACUCAUGCCAAGAGACAAAAGCUUGAAAAUAUGACGCGAAGGAAGGAGCACAAGGAAAAACACACUUUGCCAGGGGCUGAGUUUUUUUACCAAGCUUCGGAAAUAUUCACGGGAUUGUUUGCAUCUGGUGCCAUUGAUAACAUCACAAAGGAUGGGGGAAUCGAGGUUAUGCUUUUGUAUGCAUUUUAUUUACAAGUGGCUGACUGCACCAUAGCAUCUUAUUUUUACUUUGGAUUGGCGUUGAGGGCAGCCUUAAUUCUCGGUUGGCACGUGGAUGCAGAGAAGGAGUCUCUCAAUAGAUUUGAGCUUGAGCAUCGACGAAGGAUUUGGUGGACAGUUUAUAUGUACGAACGCAUGCUUUCAUCAAAAGCAGGCCUCCCUUUAAGUUUUGCUGAUGAUUCCGUCUCCACCGAGUUGCCAGUUGAUUUCAAAAUUGAUCUAUCGGAUUUCCCUCGUGAUGACCAGGAUGUAAGGGGGUAUUACAUCUUCCCACCCGCGGACUAUAUCAACAACUGUGUCACCAUUACCCAAAUCAAUGCAGUCAUCUUAUCUUCCUUGUAUACGAAAACACCAACAUACAACAUCUUGCCAAUUGUGUCUGAUUUGGUGCAGAGGUUAAUCACUUGGAAAAACACGUUACCAAAACAUCUCCACGUUGAUUAUACUUUGGAGGAGCCAAAAGUAUCACGGUUGAUUGUAAACUUGAUGACAGAAUACUUUCAGGGUAUCAACUUGGCAGUUAGGCCACUAUUAUUCCAUUUCUCGUCGAAAAAGUUGAAGGAGUUGCAAGUGCAAGCCACGCAGAACAAGUACAUCGACUUGACCAAAUAUUCCAAAAACGUGUUAAGUUUAUUAAACUCGUCAUUCCAAGCAUCAAUCAACACAAUCAAGAGUAUUUGGUCUCUAGUGCUGGACAAUAUGGUUGCACUUUUUGGGUGGAUGGAUCGUGAAUACUUGUUCACCUCAGCAUCAACGCUCAUUCUCUUUAAUGCAUCGUUUGGAGUACACGAUGCCACAAAAACCCACUUGGACCAUGCAUUAACAUUGUUCACCAAGAUGAAGCGAUUGGGUAAUUACCCAGCUGCAUUGAGAAGAGCCCAGUUGUUGAAAUUGAUUCGUGUACUUGAUUUCAAUGGCGCAAUGACUGAGAUUCUUCGUAAACACGACGAGGAUUUCAAGUUAUACGAGGAUGAUUUGAAGGAUGUGGAGGAAAGUGCCCAGGAGACAACGACCAACACUCCCCAGCAACAGGAACAACACCCCGAUUUAGAUUUCUUAAACCCCAAUAGUGUCCUUCCUCGAAGUCAAGGCGAUUUCAACUCAAACCAAGACUUGACGGGAAUUGAGGAGUUUGCUUACCUUGAUGAGGAACAAAAGUUGUGGAAUGAAAUCACGACUGAAGCCGGGUGGUUAAACUUCCAUCCACCAGAAAGCACCAUAGUUGGAGAUAAUUUGCAUACUAUCAACGAGGCUACUAAACCUGGCACCAGUCCUUUUAGCUUUGAUGUUGAGUCAGCAGAAUUACGUGGGGAAGACAGUGGCAGCAAUAGCGGAGCUCAUACGGAAGCGGACUUUCCUAACGUUAUCCAUGACCAAUUUAACUACAUGGAGUAG